AGUUCAAACAUUGGAUCAUUGGUUUAGCAUUCUUUCUCACCUUUCACAACAGUUUGAAACCUUUUCACAAGUACUAGAAACUUGAGCACUCUCUGUUUAUGCCACCAUGGAUCUGUUCACCACCAUCAUAUUACUAUCUUUGUUCAUUAUCCUACUCAUUAUGAAAUAUUCCAAACACACAGACAAAAACUCACCUCCUUCACCUCCAAAAUUACCCAUACUCGGAAACUUGCACCAAGUAGGUUUGUUCCCCCACAAGUCACUCAAAAGCUUGGCUGAGAAACAUGGCCCCUUGAUGCUCCUUCACUUCGGGAACGUUCCGGUGCUGGUGGUGUCUUCGGCCGACAUGGCGGAAGAGGUGAUGAAGACGCACGACUUGGUGUUCUCCAACCGACCACCGCGUAAGAUGAGUGAGAUACUCUUGUAUGAUUCCAAGGACAUAGCCACCUCUCCUUAUGGUGAAUACUGGAGGCAGAUAAGGAGCCUAGCCGUGUUGCACCUUCUGAGCAACAAAAGGGUUCAAUCGUACGGCCUUAUUAGGGAGGAAGAAGCUGCAAGAAUGGUUGAAACCAUCAAAGAGUUUGCUUCUUCUUCUUCUUCUAUGCCAUUAAACUUGUCUGAGAUAUUCUUCGGUGUUACAAAUGACAUAUUGUGUAGAAGUGCUCUAGGGAGGAGAUACCGUGGAGGAGGAGAAGGGUGCAAGUUUCAGGAGCUGGUUUUGGAGUUUGGAGACUUGUUGGGUACAACAUCAAUAGGGGACUAUAUUCCAUGGCUUAGUUGGUUGAACAAGGUUGAUGGUUCUUAUAAAAGAGCGUCAAGAGUGGCCAAGCGUCUCGAUGAGUUUUUGGAUCAAGUGAUUGCGGAGCAUGUUAGUUCUGGGAAAAGGAAAGAACAAGAGGGACUUACUGAUAAUGUUGAUGAUUUUGUGGAUGUUUUGCUUUCUGUCAAGAACAGUAACGCUGUUGGAUUUGAGUUUGACACAACAACAAUGAAGGCAAUACUCGUGGACAUGUUUACGGCAGGUACGGACCCUACGUACACUGUGCUAGAAUGGGCAAUGGCGGAACUGUUAAAACGGCCAGCGGUUAUGCACAAACUUCAAGAUGAAGUGAGAACUGUUGUUGGAAACAGAAGCAACAUAACCGAACAAGAUUUGGUUCACAUGAACUACUUGAAAGCUGUGAUCAAAGAAACACUUCGGUUGCACCCUUCACUUCCAGUUCUAGUUCCUAGAGAAUCCACCAAAGGCAUCAAGCUGAAUGGGUAUGACAUUGAAGCUGGAACACAGGUGUUGGUGAAUGCAUGGGCCGUUGCAACGGACCCAAAGUGUUGGGACCAGCCACUUGAGUUCAAGCCAGAGAGGUUCUUAAACAGUUCGGUGGAUUUCAAAGGGCGUGAUUUUCAGUUUAUUCCUUUUGGUGCAGGAAGGAGAGGGUGCCCUGGGCUGCAGUUUGCCACUGCUCUUGAUGAAACUGUGCUGGCUAACCUUGUUUAUCAUUUUGAUUGGGAUUUGCCUGCUGGUUCUAAGGAAUUGGACUUGUCUAAAUUUUAUGGACUAGUCCUGCAUUUGAAAUCACCUCUCUUGGCUAUACCAACCCCUUAUUAUGAAUGAAUAGUAUUGAAUUGAAUAAGUUAUGACGAGAGAAAGAAAAUUUUGUGCAAAAUUGACAAUGAAAUUAUAUACUUCCUCUCUUCUAGAA